AUGCCACCACCUCAACGCCCGAUCUCGCGCAUCCUCGUCGCAAAUCGUGGCGAGAUCGCCAUCCGAAUUCUCCAAUCAUGCCACGAACUGGCACCACAACCUCCCACAACUUUUGCAAUAUACACGGACAACGACUCGACGCACAUCUCCUUGGGCAGACCUCACCACGCCAUCAAAGCCGCUUUUGGGCCGGCAUCGUACAUGAACAUCGACUACCUGAUUGGUGUGGUCAAGGAGCACAAAAUCGACGCCGUGCACCCGGGGUAUGGAUUUUUGAGUGAGAGUGCAGAGUUUUCGCGCAGGAUGUGGGAGGAGGCGGGAUGUGUGGUCGUUGGCCCCGGUUGGGAGGUAUUGGAGAGGACGGGGGAUAAGUUGAUGGCGAAAGCAUUGGCGAGCGAGUGUGGUGUGCCGGUGCUAAAGGCGAUGGAAAGACCGACUGGUAGUGUGGAGGAUGUUAGGCGGUUUGCUGCGAGUGUUGGGUAUCCCUUGAUGAUCAAGGCCGUGGACGGUGGUGGCGGGCGAGGUAUUCGGUUGGUGAAAAGCGAGGACGCGCUGGACAAUGCAGUGCAGAGAUGUGUAGCCGAGUCGCCUUCUCGCUUGGUGUUCGCUGAACAAGCAGCCGUGGAAGGGUACAAGCACAUCGAGGUGCAGAUCGUCGGUGACGGCAAGGGCGGAGUCACGCACCUGUGGGAAAGAGACUGCAGCGUCCAGCGCCGGUUUCAGAAGAUCGUCGAGUUGGCGCCGGCGCCGGUGCAGAAUCGAAAAGUGAUUGCACAGGUCAUCGACUCGGCCGUGAGGAUGGCCACGCAGCUGAAAUACUUGGGUUUGGGGACCUGGGAGUAUCUGGUCAAUGUCCAACAGGAAAAGUUCUUCUUCCUCGAAAUCAACCCGAGACUGCAGGUUGAACAUACCAUCACAGAGUGCAUCACGGGCGUCGACCUCGUGAAGCAACAAUUGCUUCUUGCUCAGGGUCUGCAGACGAGACUGGGAGGAUCGCACGACGCCAACAAAGCACCCCCUUCUGCGUCAAUUCAGCUACGCCUCUGCGCGGAAGAUCCCACCGCCGGCUUCUCCUUGAGUAUCGGCAAGGUCAGCGACGUGCAGUUCCCUUCUGGCAACGGCGUCCGGGUCGACAGCCAUCUGUCGCGCGGAGGCGUGGUCGGGUCCGACUUUGACAACAUGAUGGCCAAGGUCAUUGUCACCGCCUCAACCUGGGAAGAGUGCGUGGGCAAAGCGCGCAGAGCGCUGGAAGAGACAAAAAUCGUGGGCGUCAAGUCGAAUCUGAACCUCCUCAAGGCUAUCUUGACGCAUGAGAGGUUUGCGGCCGGCGACGCCGACACGAGCUGGCUCGAGCGGAACCUCGACCAGCUCGUCGCUCUCGGAGAACAACUCGGCAGCAUUACUGAGAUACGAGAAAGCUCGCUUCCCGCUCUGUCCUUGUCCAGCAGCAACACCCCGGGUUCCGCCGUCGGUGGCGCAGGCGCAUCGACACUGUUCAGAAAAGGCGACGCCUGGACGUUGGUUCUUGAAAACUCCGGCGAGAAAUCAUCCUCAAGCGUGAAACCACCCGCUCACCACCUCUCCAUCUCUCGCGUCACGCGCAAUGAAUUCCCCGCGGCGCUCAUCGCCGACAUCUCAUACACCAUCCCCGGUGCGAGAACGCACUCGUACAAGAUGACUUUGAACAGCACGACUUCCUCCGCCGACGCCGCUGCCUCAACUCACCGACGGGGUGAUCCAAGCAAAAAGACACACAUUGUACUGCCCAUGAGCGGAAAAUUGGUCGAAGUGCUCGUUGACGAAGGGGACGAGGUGCGCGAAAACGAGGUCAUUGCCUUCGUCAAGCAGAUGAAGAUGGAGUUGGAAGUCAGAUCGCCCAGGGCCGGCAAGGUGAAAUGGGUGAUUGAGAUGGAGAACGAGGAGGAAGGUGAUGAUGUUGCUGAAGGGGUGUUGUUGGUGGAACUGGAGGAUGAGGAGGACAGUGCAAAGAAGCCGGAGGUCAGAUCUAGAUUGUGA